GGUAGCGAUGGUCUACGGUCAGGUCUUAUCACUAAGCAGUUAGUUGUGCAUCGAACAAGCAACGAACGAGCUCUGGUAACUAUACCGCGCAGCUUCACGGUUUCUUCGCGGAACAAGCCUCCUUCCCUGCCUCGCUUUUCGUACACCACGCGCGUAUUAUUCCACUCUUAGCUCGCUAUCUUUAGCCCGAGUCCGGCAUAUCAUCAGUGAACAGUUUUACAGCUUGAAGAAGAGAGAACGUUGGGACAGGCUGAAUUGAAGGAGCGGGUGGAAAAGAUCGGAGAGAGAGGAGAGAGGUCACCGUGCCCUGUCUGUAUUUCGCUCACACCACGCCAUGAAUAUGCAGCGUAUAUCCGAGGUGGUGCUGCUGGUGGCCGGGUUUUCUUUGGGGCUCUGUGCUUGUCACACCGUGAAAGUGAACAAACACAAGCCGUGGAUUGAGACGUCAUACCAUGGGGUAAUCACAGAGAACAUGGACAUCGUCCAACUGGACCCUCCCUUGGUGGCCCUUGAUAAAGACGCCCCUGUCCCCUACGCAGGGGAGAUCUGUGCAUUUAAGAUCCAGGGUCUGGAGGCACCGUUCGAGGCGGUGGUGCUGAACGGGACGUCUGGUGAGGGCCAGCUGAGGGCCAGGGGCCUGGUGGACUGUGAGCUUCAGAAGGAGUAUACCUUUAUCAUCCAGGCCCAUGACUGUGGAGCAGGACCCGGGGGCACCGGGGGGAAGAAGUCACACAAGGCGGUGGUACACAUCCAGGUGAAUGAUGUGAAUGAGUUCUCUCCAGUGUUCCGGGAGGCCCAGUACCACGUGGCGGUGACAGAGGGGAAGAUCUACGACAACAUCCUGCAGGUGGAGGCUACAGACCAGGACUGUUCUCCUCAGUACAGCCAGAUCUGUAACUAUCAGAUCACCACCUCCAACACACCCUUCGCCAUCGACCGCAAUGGUAACAUCAGGAACACAGAGAAGCUGAGCUUUGAUAAGCAGCAACAGUAUGCGGUCCUGGUCACAGCCUUCGACUGCGGACAGAAGAGAUCCACAGAGAGCGUGGCGGUACACAUCUAUGUUAAACCUGUCUGCAAACCUGGCUGGCAAGGCUGGGACAAAAGAGUGGACUAUGAGCCAGGCACAGGCAGCAAACAGCUGUUUCCCAAGAUGAAUCUGGAGACGUGUGGAGGGCUUCUCUCCUCAGUGAGGACCACGGUAGAGCUACAGACCAGCCAUAUUGGGAAGGGCUGCGACCGGGAGACCUACUCGGAGAAGUCCCUGCAGAAACUCUGUGGGGCCUCGUCGGGCAGCACAGAUCUUCUCCCCGCCCCCAGCGCCUCCACCAAUUGGACGGCGUCCCUGGUGACGGACAGUGAGCGGGACAGCGACCUCAUCUUCCGGUUUGACGGGCGGCAAGCGGCGAGGAUUCCGGACCAGGUGGUACCACAGAACCUGACUGAUCAGUUCACCGUCGCAACGUGGAUGAAGCAUGGACCCAAUCCUGGACUGAGGGCGGAGAAAGAGACCCUGCUCUGCAACUCUGAUAAGACAGAGAUGAACAGACACCACUACUCCCUUUACGUCCAUAACUGUCGUCUGGUCUUCCUGCUCCGGAGAGACUUCAUCCAGGUGGACACCUUCAGACCUGCAGAGUUCCACUGGAAACUGGAUCAGAUCUGUGAUAAGGAGUGGCACUAUUACGUCAUUAACGUGGAGUUUCCUGUGGUGACACUCUACGUGGACGGAGUGACCUACGACCCUUACCUGGUGACAGACGAUUGGCCGAUCCACCCCUCUCAGAUUGACGUACAGCUCACUGUGGGCGCCUGCUGGCAAGGUGGUGAGGUUACGAAGCCGCGGUUCACACAGUGCUUCCGGGGCAGUCUGUCAGGGCUUACCAUCAGGCCAGGGAAGAUAGAGAGCCAGAAAGUAAUCUCCUGUCUACAGGCCUGUAAGGAAGGACUGGACAUCAACUCACUGGAGAGCCUGGGCAAGGGCAUCAAGUUCCACUUCAACCCAGCCCAGUCGAUCCUGGUGAUGGAGGGAGAGGAUCUGGAGAACAUGAACGCUGCUCUGAGGAAGGUCUCCUACAUCAACUCCCGCCAGUUCCCCACACCGGGCAUCAGACGCCUGCACAUCUCAACCUCAGUACAGUGUUUUGGGGAGGACACGUGUAUCUCCAUCCCGGACAUCGAUGCAGUGGUGAUGGUGCUGCAGCCCAGUGAACCCAGGAUCACCAUAGCUGGGGUGGACAGACUGACCAGGCCAGCAGCUGACCUCAGAGGUCCAGCCGGACUCACUCUGUUCCAGGACCUUCACAUCAUCAGUACUGUCACCAAGGGAGACACAGCCUCACACCAUACCGCGGGCAGGCCGGGGGUCCAGGAGGAGAUCAUACAUAACCUGGACUACUGUGACAUCCUGGUGCUGGGGGAGGAGCUGAGGCCAGAGCAGGAGAGUCUCCAGCUGCAGCGUAGCACCCUGCUGGGGAAACACCUGGACGCCACCAACUCCACCUCUGGCAUGUCUAUAUACGGUGUGGACUCCAUGUCCAAUUAUGAGCAGGUGAUCAGGCAGGUGCAUUACCACAACUGGCACCCCGCCCAGAACCCAGACAGGAAGUUCCGUCUCACCUGCUCUGAGCUAAACGGACGCUACACCAGCAAUGAGUUCACCCUGGAGAUUAGUGUACUCCACAAAUCAGAGGCUGGGGAGCAUGUCAAUCACAUGGUAGCCCCGUCCCAGUACAUGCAAGUCGUUCCUCAUCUGGCCAUGGUCCACAGUCUAUACCCCACACACGGUCCAGGAGUCCCCAGUGCUGCCACAGUGGUGAUAGUGAUUUGUAUUGCCACCCUGGUGGUGGUGGUUGUGCUAGGCAUCUACCGUAUUCACCUGACACACCAACAGGAGGGCAGGAGCUCAGACACAACCAAAGAGAGAGAGCUGGACUGGGAUGACUCAGCGCUCAAUAUCACAGUCAAUCCUAUGGAGAACUUCCAGGAGCCACAGGGAGCUGAGGAAGAAGCCAGCGAAGAGGAAGAGGAGGAUGAGGAAGAUGAUGACAUCACCAGCGCCGAGUCAAACGACAGCGAGGAGGAGGAGGAGGUCCCAGCAGCUCUCAGUGUAAAACAGGGCAGCAAGAGGGGCCAGCUGGACUGGGACAACUCUACAUUAACCUGCUGAAUACAAUCACACAUACACACUGACGCACACACAAACACACACACACAAACACUAAUAUACACACACACACACGCUGAGGCAUCAAUAUACACACUACCAUAAAAUCAAUUGUUUAAUCAUGAGAGACGACCUGAGAUUUUUCUCAAUUGAGUCAACAUCUCCCCCUACUGGUGAAAAUGGAAAUGGUGACGAGAAUAGAAUGAGCACUAAAGUAAUACACACGUGUCAAACACACACACACACACACUCACAUACAAGCGAACAACGCCAGCCUGUACUCCAUUUAAAAAUACUCCUUUCCUUAAUGUCAAAUCAUCUGGUGUUAACUAAAGGCUACAAUGUGGUACUCCAAUGCUGUAAUACUAUCUUGUGGUCCUGAGUCAGUACCACAGACCUCAAGCCCUAGUCCACAAGCUGACAGCUUAUCUACUGUUUUAUACUGAGACUGUGAAAAAACAACCAAACUAAAUGUUAAAAUACUCUACACAGCUGAAAUUGCUCGUCAAACAUCUGAUUUCCACCUAUUUUUUCAGGGUCUAAAAUCUCAUCUGAAAAACUGUGGUCCUAUAGGUCGCCAUGAUCCUUUGUAAUGGUUUCUUUCCCAUAGGCACAUAGUGGUACAGUCCACUGUGCUAGAGUUAGCUUGGUACAGUGAGAUAGUUAAGAUGGUCCAGUCCAAUAUAGGGAAACUCCUUCCAUCCUUACCAUGUUAUCUGUGUACAGUAUAUCAUACCUUCUGUCCAUUGCAUCAAAUACAAAUUUAAGGCAUAACAAGAAAAAAAUAUUAUUGCAUUGAUUUGCAGUAUUUUAAUACCUGAAAAAUAUUUGAGGUUUGUUGCAAUGGAAUAUAUUUGAUUUAAUACUGCUUAUUUAAUCCUGGAUGAGGUGUCCUGGUGAUUUUAAAGAGUUAUGCCGUCCCCAUUGGCACUAAACAGUCUUUAUUUGUUUUUCGAUUGAUGUGCUGUUGGAGAUGUUGUACUUACCUGAGGCAUAGUCAUGCAGGUGCCACAUUACAGAAUGUUCAGAAAUGUGCUGCAUAGAACUGACACGUUUCUCUGUCAUGCAAAACAAUAACCAUGUCAGCUCUGUGCAUUUCAAUUCUAUCUUCAAUAUUGUGUAUAUACAUUGCACACAACUGAAUAAGCACCCAGGUGAAAGUUGGCUUUUUCUGUUCUGUUUCUUGGACACACUACGAGAGAGGAGGAACCUUGUAAAUGUGUAUAUGUUCCUCUUACCUGUAGAUACUAACUAGAGUAGGUGACCCCGCCCUGAACCUAGCAAGCCCCUCCCUCUUUUCUUCUGUAUGUAUGCACAUAACCCCGCCCAUGUCAAUUAAAUCUGUACAUAUUACACCAAACCCUGCCCUGCUCUCUGUGUUUGUAUCUCUAUGUUCAGUUCAUUCCAAAUGGCUAUGCUUUCUGUCUGCUAAGACAGGCAAGUUAAACCAACUAAAGCCCAACUUAAGCCCAACUUAAACUGGUUAAUGGAAAUGUAUACGGUCUUCUAUCUUUCUGUAGUCAAUACCAGCAAGCCCCCUUACCCCUAUCUUACACAGUCUGCCUAAUAUAAAAUGUUACUUUACCUGGCAUGAGGAGAAUUUGAAAGUUUCUAUUUUCUACAUUUGGGUAUUUGACUGUGUGACCCUGCUUGAUGUAAUCCUUUCCAGGGAUAGUCCUUCGGUUCUAUCUGGGAGAACCCUGUCUUGAAGAGCCCGUGUAUAGCUAGCUAUAAGUUCAUGUAAAGUGUUCAACAGUUGUGUAGGGUUACACCUGUGCUUGUGACGUGAGACCUUGUCCUCAACCUCCACCAUGUUACUUUCAGCUCCUGAACCCCUCUCACACCUGUACCCCUACCCCCUUGGAACUUUUGCUAGACUUUGCAUCAACCCUCCCCAAUGUUCUCCCAGAGUUUGUUUUAGAGGUGGAAGGUGAAAAUAAAUAUGAACCUUGUAAAAUGGG